GUUACUCGAUGCCCGCUCGCAGUGUCCUCCGGAGGAGGAGGUCGGCGGUAUAAUACUGAAACGGUAAAGUACAGCCGAGGAUACUUUGAGGUACUGUACGGGCGUAUUACGACGGGAUAUUACUAUUUACCGGAUCCACUCCACCCCUCACACCCUCCCCACUGAUCCUUGGGUCUCGUCUGGUUGAGUCCGACCCAGAAAAUCAUCUCGGAGACAGACCCAGAGAUUAAUCUAAAAUAAAAUAAAAAAAAGAAAUGAAAAUGGUGGAACAAUUAGAAAAAAGAGGUAGGAGCGACAGGCCGCGCGACAGAGAAAGUAAGAGAAAGAACAGAAAGGGACAGAAGAGUUUCUGGAAGGUUUCUUUCUUUCAUACCUACCUCAUUGCGCCUUUUUAUCACUCAACCAACCGUUUUUAUUAUUGCACGUCACCACGCCUCCCAUGUGGUCCCUUUUUCUCUUCUUUUAUUAAUAACUAUCACAUUCUUUCCACAAAUCCUCCGAGCACGAAAAAAUCUCUUUUUCAGAAUCCUCUUGGGCGGUCGAGUCUCCAGCGCAACGUACUCGGCUUCACAUCCUCUCAGCGUCCAUAUCCACCCUACAUCCCGAACUACUAUUAUUGGGGGCUUGUCUUACCGUCUGGUCCCAGUGCUCCCCCAACAUUCAUCAUCACUUCUACUUUCCUCGCUCCCCUCCUUUGGGCCCUGAAGUACUACUACUCUUGUCUCCCUCCUUGUUACCCUCCCUCCCCCCGCUAUUCCUGUACAAAUUAUACCCGCAUACGUAUCUUCUUUCCUGCCUGUCGCUUCUGCUCGUCUCCUCUCUAUUUCUCUCCUCCUCUCUCUCCCUUGGUCCUCUCCCACCGCCGCCUCUCAUAUGAUCGUUGAGUAAGGGGCGCAUCCGCUAUAAACCCAAUACUACCUGCCAAAACCCGCUCGUCUUCGACACCACUCGGACCUCCUCCCCCCAAACUAUUCCCCCCCUCCCUCUCUCUUUGUCUCCGCUCCUCACGACCCCGAUAACAUCUCGAAUUCGCCCACCUUCUGGCGGUAAUACCUGCGAUCGCAGCCAUUCUUCGGUAGACGGCGAUUGUGAUGUGAGACUGGAGCCGUUUCCAACCCUCC